CGAUCUCUUUCAUCAGUUGUUAAUUUCACAUACGUCACGACACACCAAACAUGAACAGACACGGCUUCCUUUCUGUAAUCAUCGGUUUAGUAAUAAUGGCAACUGCUAUUUUUCUUGCAGAAUGUCAAAUUACGACCCCGACCACUGAAGGAUCGACCGCUUCAACGUCGCCGUCGUCUGCGGCCCCGACCACGGAAGAAUCGACCACUUCAUCGUCGCCGUCGACUGCGGCCCCGACCACGGAAGAAUCGACCACUUCAUCGUCGCCGUCGACUGCGGCCCCGACCACGGAAGAAUCGACCACUUCAUCGUCGCCGUCGACUGCGGCCCCGACCACGGAAGAAUCGACCAUUUCAUCGUCGCCGUCGACUACGGCCCCGACCACGGAAGAAUCGACCGAUUCAUCGUCGCCGUCGACUGCGGCCUCGACCACGGAAGAAUCGACCAAUUCAUCGUCGCCGUCGUCUGCGACCCCGACCACCAAAAAACCGACCACGGCUGUAGAUAAUAGUGCUAAUAAAAUGUCAUAUAAUAUAAUCACUCUAGGAUGGUUUGUGUUAUUUUGGACAAUAUCAGUUAAUAUCUUCAACUUUUAAGCUUGACAUUUUUUGAAAUUAUCAGAAUUUUUGUGUUUUCGUUAUUUUGUUGUUUUUUUU